AUGGAAUUCGUGGAAGGCACGGAACAACUCGUGGCGAAAGCCUUCGCGUUGGGACUCACGAUGCGGAUGGAAGAGCAUGGGGAAACAACGACGCAUAUCCCCCUCACGCUGCAGCCAGCAAGGAUGCGCCGGGGCGAAUUUGAUGCGUUGUGCCGUCUUCAGCUGUUGUGGAACGAGGCUGUAAAUAACACGGCGAGGAACUUUCCGUUUCUGUUGGAGGCGCUUCGUGAGACGGCGGUGAGUGACACGGAAUUCACAGGGAAGCUUGUGGACAUCCUACAAGAGGUGUACCUUGGCACCGCUCCCUACCAGUCCCUCAUGCUUGGCGUGUUUCGCGCCGAUUACAUGCGAAGCAGUGCGGCGGCAGCGGUGGAGGAAGCCGACGCGGCGACAGCAGCCUGGAAGAAUGUAGAGAUUAACACCAUCAGCUGCUCCUUUACCGGCCUCUCACCACUUGUCAGUGACUUUCACCAGCACCUCGCUGCCUACCAACGCGCACUGCGGGGCGGCACUGCUCGCAACGGUAACUUCGCCGGCGCAACACCUGACUUGGACGACGGCGGGACGUUGGAGCGGAGCACGACGGCGAAGAUGGUGCCUGCCACGCUUGCGGCUGCAGUGGCAGCGUGGUCCCACCAGCAGGGCUUUGCUGCCCGCCGCGCAGCCUACGAAGAGGAGCAGCCGCAGCAGUGCCGGUGGAUGGACCCGGUUGUGCUCGUCAUUGUUCAGGAGAACGAGCGAAAUGUGUGUGACCAGUUCGUGUUGAUACUGGAGCUGCUCGAGUCGCACGGCAUUAUCUCCUUGCGGCGCACACUGCGAGAGCUGCAUGAAAGUAUGCGACUGCAUCCCGUCCCCGACGGGCCACCGCUCGCUGUUGUCGACGGACGCUACCCGGUGGCCGUGGCCUACUUCCGCAGUACGUAUGUGCUGACGGAUUUUCCGACGGAGGCGAUGUGGGCCACAAGGCUUGCGGUGGAGCGCAGUAGUGCCAUCAAGUGUCCGAGCAUCCCGUACCAUCUGCUUACGUUUAAGAAGUUCCAGCAACUAUUCUGUGACGUGGACAGGGUUCUCACACCGAUUGCGUUUGUCGGUGACGCGGCGAAGGCGCAUCAGCUGCAACGCCACUUUGUGCCACAGUACUCCCUUAACCCAGCGGAGGUGGGCGAGGCGGCGGUGCAACGCAUCAUAGCCGACGCCCUGCAGCAUCCUGCGCGAUAUGUGCUGAAGCCCCAGCUGGAGGGCGGAGGGAAUUUGUUCUUUGGCGAGGCCAUGCAGGAGGUGCUGCGAACCACAGAAGGUGCGGACGCGGCGCUCUACAAGAAGGUCCGGCGGGAGUAUAUUUUGAUGUCCCGCAUUGACGUUCACGCACACUCCGGUGCCUUCCUCAUCAACGGUAAUGUUGUGCAGCUGGAGAACAACAUCUCCUCCGAGCUUGGCUUCUACGGCGUGAUUCUCUCCGAUGCGAAUGGGUGCCUGCUGCAGAACGCAUGUGCCGGUUACUUGGUGCGUUCAAAGCCGGCGGACGCAGAGGACGGGGGUGUCAUACGGGGAAUUUCCGCCCUCGAUUCACUGGCUCUUAUGUGA